UCAUCGAAAAACGCCUUUAUGAUAAAAAGAGAUUAGGUGAUGCUUGGGUUGCUCCAUUAGAUGCACUACAAUACUACUUAGAUGAUCCCGAAAUAGCACCCGAUCUCGAUCCAAAUAAUGUAAACUAUAAUUAUAUUGCCGAUGCGAUCUGUGUUUUUGUUUUUGCUGCAAUGGGAACUACAACCAAUGGUGCUACUUGUUCUUUAUACGACUUGGUAGAAAGAAAACAACAAUAUUGGCAAGAGUUAUAUCAGGAAGCUCAGGAAAUUAAUAAACAAUGUAAUGGAAAUGAGCUUACAUCUGAUGAUAUUGCCAGAAUGGUGAAGUUGGAUAGUUUUGUUAAAGAAUCUUUAAGAUUAUCUAGUAGUACAGUUGGUUUGCAACACAAAUGUCUUUCAAAAUCUUAUUAUACAUUUUCAAAUGGAUAUCAAAUUCCAAGUGGCCGCCUAGUCACUUUAAACUUCAGUGACACAAAUAAUAAUGAAGAACUUCAAGGUCAAAAUCCCACAGAAUUUUAUGCAUACCUUAAACGAAGAAACGAAUCUGGAUUUGUUGAAUACUGGGUACUAGAAGUUGUGAUGAAUUCUUGGGAUUCUAUUUUGGAUCAAACGAAUAAUGACAAUCUAGAUCAACUGAUGAGCCCGACUCAUAUAAACUUGCCAUGGGAAUGA